AUGGGGGUAAAGGUCGUCGCUCAUGUCACCACGUUGGGACUUCAUAUCGGCACACCUCUUGUCGAAGAAAGAGGCAGAGAUCAUGUGGCACCUUCGGUCGACUUGCCAAGUGAUGGGGGAGUAAGCGGAGCAGAUUUCGUUGUCACGGGUGGUUCCAGUGGUGGAUCCUGUGUACUUGGUGAUUUGCUUUCCCAUUUCUCCAUCGACAAUCAUUCCACGCAUAAGGUCGAGGUAGAAAUAAUCUUCGUCGUUGACAAUGACAAUGGUGACGACUUGGCCUAUAUCUACCGAUUCAUUCCUUCAUUUCAUUUCAUUUCAUUUCAUUUCAUGUCAUUCACAAUAAAAAGCAACACUUCGGCACCUGUGAAGCAUCACACCAUUGUUCGUUCGCUGACCAAGUAA